AUGAGAGACGCCAAGGAAUGGCAUGCGUUCUUCAAGAUCGGCAAGAACGCCUUUGACCACAAAGGCAAGCUCCCACUUGCUCGCCUCAAGCCUCAAGGGCCAUCCAUCCAGCCGAUCGAGAGCCACCCGGCGUCCAUGAAGCCCGUCCCGUCCAACCAGAUUGUCCACUCCGUCGCAGUCUUUGGUGCCGCCUUGGAGACAGCGGCCGCCUCCAGCCCCCCUCCUGAGCCAAUGGUGGCAGAAUGCAUUCCUACAACCAGUUCCUCCCCGACGCUAUUGCUCAAACCCACCCCAUCAUUGCCUCUCAGCAUUACCAUCCAGGAGACAUCCAGCAUCCACACACACAAAUUGUUGGAGGAGCUCGGACUGAGCAUUGCGGACGCUGAGGCCAUCAACCGGCUCACCACCACCUUCGACGACGGCCAUGGCCACACCGCCUCUCUGGGGUCCCCCUCUCUCGACGAACAAGCGGCGGCUGCAAUCGUCGUUGCUUCCGCAAAACCCGCCGCCAGUCCCGCCUUUGUCCCUGAGCCCGUCUCGACAAUGCCUCCAGACAACAAUAGAAGCCUGGCCGGAGUGUCACAAAGUGACCAUCAAGGACUUUGA